GACUACAAACUGCAGCAUCGCUCUCACAGAUUCUUCAGCUUCUGAUCGCUCUGCUCAAUUGUUCUGGAAACUGAAAAUUUGACCUGAAGAUGGCGCCGCACCACAAGCCAGAGGGAUCACCAGAGUUAUUACAACUCACCCCGUCUGAACCACAUUUCAUGGUGAUUCAUUCAAGUGGAAUGUGACAAGAAGAACUGACAUGCUCUUGUGAAGCUCAAAAACUACUGUUGUGAUUGGCUGGUCACACCAAGGGGAGGGGGGCGUUCAGAUUGGCUUCUUCCAAUAGUGCAAUUGUAUCCCAUUACAUUGGUAAGCUGAGGAGUAUCAGUUUCUACUAAACCCUUCUCGUUUUCACAGAAAAGGGAAUAAACAUCUGCGAAACUGCUGAAGUGAGAAGAAUGAACAUUUCUCCUUUUUGCUGAUUUGUCGUUCUGUUGCUCCUGUACUGAUCUGCGGACAUGGAGAAACGGGUUUUUACGUGUUUUCGUCUCCUCUCGGUGCUGUUGCUGAACUCCGCUUCGGCCCAAAAUACAAAUGUGUUCUUCCCGGAAGGCGGAACCCUCAACUUGAGUCUUCCCGUCUCUGAGGCUUUAUCCAGCGUCCUGUGGAAACAUAACGGCAAUCUGGUGGUUGAAAUGGUGAAUUCUGACCUCGAAUACUACGGCAGGUUUGAAAACCGCACAACCCUGAACCAAAACACUGGACGUUUGGAAAUAAAAAACAUAACUGAAGCUGACUCGGGGUCGUAUUCGGUGGAGAUCAACAACAAGGUCCAGAGCCAAGGUUAUGAUGUUACAGUACUCAAGAAAGUGCCCAAGCCUGAAGUGGUGGUGAGACCACUGACGUGUGCGCCUGCCCUGGAACGAUGCUCCCUGAGCUGUGAAGGAGACACCAGGGGGGAUGGAACUGUCACCUACAGCUGGAAGCAGGGAGAUGGAGAGUGGAAGCAGGAGGAACGGAGCAUUACCAUCGCGAACAGUGAGGAAAUAAAAGGAGUAAAAACGUUCUCCUGCCGGAUGAACAACCCAGUCAGUGAGGCAGAGAGUGAACCCCACCAGAAUCCACUCUUUCAAGACGAAACUCUUUUCUCGCCCGGAGGCUUGAACCUUGUCAAACAAAAAGGGUAAAACAGGAAAAAAUAAUGUUAUAUUUUAAUUUCAGCUUUUAUUUGCUGGCAGUACCAAUGAAGCUUUGUCAGUGCAGUCAUUCUCUGAAGCAGGCUGUCGAAAUACUUUUAAGAAAAGAAGACAUUGGGUUGUUUCAGCAGGUAAAGCAAGACUCUGUACAGGAGCUAUGUAUAAAAAAAUAAUGGAUUAUUGGAAAUAAAAACCUAAGGUGGUGGAUUUGUAACAUGUAGGUAACUUGCAUACCGAGGAACUGUACUUAUGACAACUUUUGCUUCCAUUUAGACGCUACGUUACGCUGCAUUUCAUUUUUAUAUUACAUUUUAAAAGCAAAUAUUGUACCCUGGCAAUUUACGUUAGUCACUUUUGCAGAUUACAUUUUGGUUUAUAUUGAAAAUAUACGGUAAGCCUCCAAAAUAUGAGGCAUUGUCACUUAUUUGUUUGUACUAUUUGAUAUCAUCUCAUAACACAUAUAAUAAAUGUUUAAUGCGUGAAUUUUUACAAUGAAGUGUUGAAACUUUUAUUUAAAGAUCCCCUCCAGGC